AGCAACAGCGGCCGCGGCAGCAGUAGCAGCAACACCAGCACCAGAAGAAGCAAGCAGCAGCAAAAGCAGCAGCAGCAGCAGCAGACCUUGGCGGCCCUGCUGCUGGCAACUGUUAGGUUCGCUCUCCCGUUCCAAAGGCUCCAAAUCCUGCAAUCCAACAAACCAAGAUGGAGUAUGAGUGGAAACCCGACGAGCAAGGGCUUCAGCAAAUCCUGCAGCUGCUCAAAGAGUCCCAGUCCCCGGACACCUCCAUCCAGAGAACCGUGCAACAAAAACUGGAACAACUCAACCAAUACCCCAUUUUUGUUCUUACAAAAUUAAAAUCUGAAGAUGAACCCACGAGGUCUUUGAGUGGUCUCAUUCUGAAGAAUAAUGUGAAAGCACACUUUCACAACUUUCCAAAUGGAGUAACAGAUUUUAUUAAGAGUGAAUGUCUGAAUAAUAUUGGUGACUCCUCCCCUCUAAUCAGAGCCACUGUGGGUAUUCUGAUUACAACCAUUGCCUCCAAGGGAGAAUUACAGAACUGGCCUGAGCUCUUGCCAAAGCUCUGUAGCUUGUUGGAUUCUGAAGAUUAUAAUACGUGUGAAGGAGCAUUUGGAGCCCUUCAGAAAAUAUGUGAAGAUUCUGCUGAAAUGUUAGAUAGUGAUGUUUUAGACCGUCCACUUAACAUCAUGAUUCCUAAAUUUUUACAGUUCUUCAAGCAUAGUAGUCCCAAAAUAAGGUCUCAUGCUGUUGCAUGUAUCAAUCAAUUUAUCAUCAGUAGAACCCAAGCUCUGAUGUUACACAUUGAUUCUUUUAUUGAGAAUCUCUUUGCUUUGGCUGGUGAUGAAGAGCCAGAGGUACAUAAAAAUGUGUGUCGGGCUCUCGUGAUGCUACUUGAAGUCCAAAUGGAUUGCCUGCUUCCUCAUAUGCAUAAUAUAGUUGAGUACAUGCUUCAGAGGACCCAAGACCAAGAUGAAAAUGUGGCUUUGGAAGCUUGUGAAUUUUGGCUCACUUUGGCUGAACAACCAAUCUGCAAAGAUGUACUCUGUCGACAUCUUUCUAAGUUGAUUCCUGUGUUAGUAAAUGGCAUGAAGUACUCAGAAAUAGAUAUCAUUCUGCUUAAGGGUGAUGUUGAAGAAGAUGAAGCUAUUCCUGAUAGUGAACAAGAUAUAAGGCCUCGUUGUCAUCGAUCACGGACAGUGGCUCAGCAGCAUGAUGAAGAUGGAAUUGAAGAAGAGGAAGAUGAUGAUGAUGAACUUGAUGAUGAUGAUACAAUAUCUGACUGGAAUCUAAGAAAGUGUUCUGCUGCUGCUCUAGAUGUCCUGGCAAAUGUGUUUCGUGAUGAACUUUUGCCACAUAUUUUGCCCCUCUUGAAGGAACUACUUUUUCAUCCUGAAUGGGUAGUUAAAGAAUCAGGCAUUUUAGUUUUAGGAGCAAUUGCUGAAGGUUGUAUGCAGGGUAUGAUACCAUAUCUGCCUGAACUCAUCCCUCACCUUAUUCAGUGCCUCUCUGAUAAAAAGGCUCUUGUACGUUCCAUUACAUGCUGGACUCUUAGCCGCUAUGCACACUGGGUAGUUAGCCAGCCCCCAGACACGUACUUGAAGCCAUUAAUGACAGAAUUACUUAAACGUAUUCUAGAUAGCAACAAGAGAGUACAAGAAGCUGCCUGCAGUGCCUUUGCUACCCUGGAAGAGGAGGCUUGUACAGAACUUGUUCCCUACCUUGCUUAUAUACUUGACACCCUGGUCUUCGCAUUUAGUAAAUACCAGCAUAAGAAUCUGCUCAUUCUUUAUGAUGCCAUAGGAACAUUAGCAGAUUCUGUAGGGCAUCAUUUAAAUAAACCGGAAUAUAUACAGAUGCUAAUGCCUCCACUAAUUCAGAAAUGGAACAUGCUAAAAGACGAAGAUAAAGAUCUCUUCCCUUUACUUGAGUGCCUGUCAUCGGUUGCCACGGCCCUGCAGUCUGGCUUCCUUCCAUACUGUGAACCUGUGUAUCAGCGUUGUGUGAACCUUGUCCAGAAGACUCUUGCACAAGCCAUGUUACACAAUGCUCAACCCAAUCAAUAUGAGGCUCCUGAUAAAGAUUUCAUGAUUGGCCUAGCUGAGGGACUUGGAGGCAACAUUGAACAACUAGUAGCUCGAAGUAACAUUCUAACACUGAUGUACCAGUGCAUGCAGGAUAAAAUACCAGAAGUUCGACAGAGUUCCUUUGCUUUAUUAGGUGACCUGACAAAGGCAUGCUUUCAACAUGUUAAACCUUGCAUAGCUGAUUUCAUGCCAAUAUUGGGAACCAACAUAAAUCCAGAAUUUAUUUCAGUUUGCAACAAUGCUACAUGGGCAAUUGGAGAAAUCUCCAUUCAAAUGGGUAUAGAGAUGCAGCCUUAUAUUCCAAUGGUGUUGCACCAACUUGUAGAAAUCAUUAACAGACCCAACACACCAAAGAUGUUGUUAGAGAAUACAGCAAUAACAAUUGGUCGUCUUGGUUACGUUUGUCCUCAAGAGGUGGCCCCCAUGCUACAGCAGUUUAUAAGACCCUGGUGUACCUCUCUGAGGAAUAUAAGGGACAAUGAGGAAAAGGAUUCAGCAUUUCGUGGGAUUUGUACUAUGAUCAGUGUCAACCCCAGUGGAGUAAUCCAAGAUUUUAUAUUUUUUUGUGAUGCUGUUGCGUCGUGGAUUAGUCCAAAAGAUGAUCUCAGAGACAUGUUCUGUAAGAUCCUUCAUGGAUUUAAAAAUCAAGUUGGGGAUGAAAAUUGGAGACGUUUCUCUGACCAGUUUCCUCUUCCAUUAAAAGAGCGUCUUGCAGCUUACUACGGAGUUUAAUCUCAUGCACUUAGGCUGCAGGCCCAUGAUUAGGGGUCCUUCAGGCUUGGGAGACUAUGAGGGAGCCUCUGCACCCAGGGAAAACGUUACCCUUUACAGGGGGGAAGGGUAAAUCAGUAGGGAAUACAGUACAAUCCCAACCCUACUGGGAGGGGCAGGAGGGAGGUGUUGCUGUCACUGUAUUAAGUCGAUGUUGGGAAACGUUUUAACAUCUGGAGCCUUUGUGGGUGGAAAUCUGUCUCCUAUUACAACUCCGCACUGGAUGUGAAGAAGCAAAAAAAGAGAAAUCUAUUCACAAAACAGCACAUUCUGAAAUAUUAUGGGGAAUUGUACCAAAACAAGAACCAUAUAAUUGAACCAUAGGGAUAAGAAAGAGAGGAAAAAUUCUUUAGCGCACAAUAAAGGAAACCUAAGAAUGGGGGUUACAAACAGUAAAGAGGCUUUUAAAAAUUUUUUAAAUUUAAUAUAAGGGUUUUCUACAUAAUUUUCCCAGUUGAUGGGAUUUCUAGUUAUUUGCAUGUUAAUGAAGAACUACACAAAUGAAGUUAGUACAGUUAAAAUGGAGCUUGCUACCCAUAGUAGAAGCAGGUUCCUUUGAGUUAAAAUUUAGGUACCCCAAAAGAAGUUGGAAAUAAAAAAAAGACAAAACAAAAUGAAAAAAAAA